AUGUUACAGAUUACAGAAGAGAAGGUGAAACCGAUCAGGGAGCGAUUGAAGACUGCUCAGAGCCGGCAGAAGAGUUAUGCAGACAGGCGCCGCUCAGACUUAGAGUUUCAGGCUGGCGAUUCAGUUUUCCUGAGGAUAUCUCCUAUAAAGGGCGCGGUGAGAUUUGGGAAGCGUGGGAAGCUCAACCCCCGUUACAUCGGAUCUUUUGAGAUUGUGGAGCGAGUUGGAGCUGUUGCUUAUCGCUUGGCCUUACCACCAGAUCUAGCGCAGGUCCACAAUGUUUUCCAUAUCUCUAUGUUGAGGAAGUGUCUGUCAGACCCGUUGCAUGUCAUUCAGCAGGAACCAGUGGAGCUUUAG